GCGAGGAAGGCUGUCCCGCCAGCACUUUAAUUUAACAGAUUAUUUUCAAUUGUUGUCACACAGAAUAAGAUCUAGUAUGCAGACAAAAAAGGAGGCUCGAAACGGUACUUACACGUUUUCUAGUCAUCCUAGACCUCUACAAAACCGAAGCAAGUACAGGGAACCUGCUGCAGAAUCAAAUGAGGGAGGUUCUAAUUACGUGAACAUCAUGUAUGAUCGACGUGUGGUCAGAGGAAACACAUAUGCACAGCACAUACUGCCACUGGCAGCGCAGCCAGACCCCAUUGAGAUGCAGAGGCAGCAGGAAGCCAAGAGGAGGGCGGCUGCGCGCAAAAGGGCCAAGGCGCAGUUCCGCUCCAGAACUCCGGAGGCAGUAGAUGGCAGGACGCACAUAGAUGUGCAGACAGAGCUAUACCUGGAAGAGCUGAGUGACCAUGUUGAAGAGUGCAGUGUGGAAUGUCAGACCGAUGCCUUCCUUGACAAACCAGCGAGCCCUCUCUUUAUCCCAGCUAAAUCUGGGAAAGACGUGGCCACACAGAUAGAGGAAGGAGAGCUGUUUGACUUUGACGUGGAGGUGCGCCCCCUGCUGGAAGUGCUGGUGGGGAAGACGAUAGAGCAGUCCCUGGUGGAGGUGAUGGAGGAGGAGGAGCUGGCCAGCCUGCGGGCGCGGCAGCGGCUGUUUGAGGAGCUGCGCAACGCCGAGCUGGUGGAGGUGCAGCGGCUUGAGGAGCGAGAGCAGCGCCAUCGUGAGGAGAAGGAGCGCAGACUCAAGCAGCAGAGAGAAGUUCUGCGGAAGGAGAAGGAGACAGCAGAGAAGAUAGCGGCCCGCGCAUACGCACAGCAGUACCUGGUGGACCUUCUCCCCUCCGUUUACACCACACUCAAGGACCAUGGCUACUUCUAUGACCCAGUAGAGAGAGAUUUGGAGACUGAAUUCUUUCCCUGGUUAAUGGCACAAGUCAACAGCACUUUGGAAAAGCGAAAUGUUGCAAGAGCGUUUUUGGACAUGCUUAUCCGUGAUGUCACCCAGCACAAGUCAGACCUCUUCCAGCAGAUGGCGCACAAGUCCCCUGAUUCCAACUGA